AUGGACGUGGUCGAGUUAACCACCGCGGCAGCAUUGUGUGCUUUUAGUUACUAUAAUUUCCUCAAUAUUUACCAAAAAAAAAAUAUUAAAAAACCAUGGAAAAAAAGGAGAUGGUGGAUGACAAAAAUACACCGAAAUAGAACAAGCCUAAGUACCGAUCAUAUGUUAGCAGAAUUGCUUUUUGAACCUUCAGGCGAAUUUGAAAAUUUCCUACGAAUGUCAUCAUCAGAUUUCUCAUAUAUACUAGACAAGAUUUCACCUGUGAUAUCUAAAAUACACACUCAAUUAAGAGAACCUAUACCUGCCAAAACCAGACUUGCUAUCACUUUACGAUUUUUGGCUACUGGAGAUAGUUAUAAGAGUUUACAUUUUUUGUUUAAAGUGUCCAGUCAAAUCAUUUCAAUUAUUGUUCCAGAAGUAUGUGCUGCAAUCAACGACCUUCUCAAAGAUGAAAUAAAGUUGCCAUCUUCUGCUGGUGAGUGGUUGUUGGUAGAAGAGGGAUUCAAUAGAAAAUGUCCCCAUUGUAUCGGAGUAAUAGAUGGAAAACACGUUGUUUUGCAAUCCGCUCCCCAUCAAUACAGGAUCAGAAUAUUAUAA